UUUUGACCAGUUCCUUUCUCAAACUGAAUCAAUAACAAAACUCUACUUCUUUUCUCUCAAACUUUGGAAACAUUUUAAAAUGAGCGGCGGAGUUUACGGAGGAGACGAAGUUGGAGCGAUCGUGUUCGACAUUGGCGCCCAUUCAGUUCGAGCCGGUUAUGCUGGUGAAGAUUGUCCCAAGUAUGACAUCCCAACACAUGUGGGAACCUUAGAGGAGGAAGUUAGGGAUGAAAUUAUGGAAACUGAGGGUCCUCCCGAAGAGAAGCCAAAACUUCCAGAGAAAAAGUUUUAUAUUGACACAAAUUACAUUCAUCUUCCAAAAGAGAACAUGGAAAUUAUAAAUCCAGUUAAGGAUGGGAUGAUUGAAGAUUGGGAUACAUUUGAGAAACUGUUGGAUUACAUGUAUGCAAAGGACAUCAAGUCUGAAUCAGCCCUUCACCCUGUGGUUAUGUCAGAAGCUUCAUGGAAUGUUCGUGCAAAGAGAGAGAAACUCACAGAACUGAUGUUUGAAAAGUACAAUAUCCCAGCAUUCUUUCUGUGCAAAAGUGCAGUGCUUACAGCAUUUGCAAAUGGUAGAUCCACUGGACUUGUCAUAGAUUCUGGAGCAACACAGACGAGUGCUGUACCCGUUCAUGAUGGAUAUGUUCUUCAGCAAGCAAUUGUGAAGUCUCCUUUAGCUGGGGACUUCAUCACCGCCCAGUGCCGACAGAUGUUUGAAGAACAGACUAUUGAAAUUGUCCCACCUUACCUCAUUGCUAGUAAGGAAACCUCAAAAGAAGGCGGGCCAGCUGUUUUCACCAAGAAGAACAACAUUCCACCACUUACAAAAUCAUUUCACAGACACAUGGUUAAUGAAACCAUACAAGAUUUUCAAGCGAGUGUGCUCCAAGUAUCUGAUGGUCCUUAUGAUGAAAGCAUUCUUGGCAAUAUUCCUGGAGUAGUGUACGAAUUUCCAAAUGGUUAUAACAACACAUUUGGUGUGGAGAGGUUUAAGAUUUGUGAAGGACUCUUUGAUCCUUCAAAUGUCAAGGGUAUAGAGGGAAGUACAGCUAUUGGUGUCACUCAAGUGGUCACCACAAGUGUAGGAAUGACAGACAUAGAUAUAAGAGCGGGUUUGUUUGGAUCUGUCAUCGUCACAGGCGGAAAUACCCUGUUACAAGGUUUUACUGAUAGACUGAACCGAGAACUUCUUUCUAAAACGCCACCAAGCAUGAGAUUAAAGCUGAUAUCGAGUGCACCCACCGAGAGACGAUUUAACCCAUGGAUAGGCGGUUCUAUUCUCGCAUCACUGGGCUCAUUUCAGCAAAUGUGGAUAUCAAAGCAAGAGUACGAAGACCAAGGAAAGGGUUGUGUUGAAAGAAAGUGUCCUUGACAAUUUCGCCUUUCGCAGCAACUGUAGUCUAUAUUUAAUGUAUCAUAGCAGAUUUCACCAAAUCACCGUAAAGCUCUCCUGUAACGUUUUUAUACUUCAGAAUACGUUAUAAAUACAUGUUGUGCUUGAGAUUAUUUCUCGUACCAGGGGUAAACCGAACAUCUUGACAGAUGGACUAAUUUUGACGUUUUCUGCGCAAAGUUAACAGAAGUGGAGAAAAACGCUCAACGCGAUGGAACACUAAUGCUCUCACAUUUGAUCAACCAGUGUAAAACCCACAUCUUAAGUUUAUGAAAUGUCUCAAGUAAACUGACAAAAUAUGA